CAGAUAGCAAACUCGUCUCUUCGAGGAAGUUUGGGGAGUCAGAUGACAACAAGCACAGGCAAAAUGGGAAGGAAAAUCGGCGUUCUUUGUGCGAAGUGAAUGCCGGAAGAUUAUACGAGAAAUGCAUGGUAAUAUGGGUUGUUGUGAUCUGGCUGACGCAAGCUAUCGCUUGCGGAAUUAAUGGUUCGUUAAUAAAGUGAGGGGAAUGGAGAAUGAUGAACUUCCGUCAGAGGAUUGGAUGGAUAGGUAUGGGACUGUACCUGUUAGCGAGCGUGGCCGCCUUCUACUACGUCUUCGAGAUCAACCAGACGUACAACCGGCUGACUCUGAAUUACGUGGAAGAGGCAGCCAAAGAACCACCAGCGCUUGCGGAUCCCGCAGCUCCAUCCUCAUCGUCUGUAUCUUGGCACCACAGUUUAAAGACGCGGCUUCUCACUUUCCCGUUCUGGUUGUGGAUGAUCAUUUUUCUCAUUCCGUACCUACAGGUCUUCCUUUUUCUGUAUUCCUGCACCCGCCCGGACCCCAGAACAGUAGGCUACUGCAUCCUGCCAAUUUUCCUGGCCAUGCUCUGUGACAGACAUCAGAGCUUUGCCAAGGCUUCCAAUCAGAUAAGCAGACUCCAACUGAUUGAUACCUAAAAAGCUGUUGAGAUUGGUGUAGCCAUGUCAGAUGCUUACAUCGCGGAUAUCAAAUUCAGAUCGUGGAGUGUCGCAUUGUUAAUGUUUUAGAAACAUGUCUUGAUUGAAUCUUUGCAGGAUAUUGCAGGUAUGGCAAAUAAGAUAGUUGCGUACCUUAAAUUGCAGCAAUACCUUAUUCCACCACCAGUCCAGCAGAGGUUAUGUUCCUAGCCUCAUGACAUACCCAAAGAACAUCUCCCGGGGAGUAGGCUAUUGCUAAACUUAGGAACAGGUUUGGGGUGAAUUUCCUGUUCAGUAGACGAACAUUCUGAAUAUAAAGGACCGUUUUGCCUGUUUAAUAAGACCUUUGUUUCCAAGAACUAAAUUGGCUGCCGACACGGUGGCUCUCCAGGACUGCAGUUUAAGAUUCCUUGUCAUUAGAUGAGAAACUCGAACGCAGUACUACAAAAGCACAUAAUACUGGGCUUGGGAACAACACUUUUGGAAUCUGGAAUUCAGAUUGUCCCACACCCCAGUCAUCUGUUGAUACCUUUACGGACAACCCAUGUGACCUUUUAUUGGUGAUAUUGAUGAGGAACGGGAUUACUGACAGUGUGCUAUUCCACACCUUUCGGCAUUUAAUUGCUCCUACUGAGCCAGAGCUUUCAGAAAAAUGGCCCAAGAGCCAGUAUUGCCACCUAAAAUAAUUUUAAAAAGCCAUUCUAUCCAUGUUUGUCUCGGUUUUACUUUUCAUCAAGAUUCAGGUUCUACAGGUCUUUUUAAAGUGCAAAUGGCUUGCCAUAAAAGUUAACUCCAUAAGCCAACAUCUCUCAAAAUUUACCUCAUUUGUGGCGCAUUGUGAUGAACGUGGCAGGAUUGUACGCAAAAGAUAGAUUUCUGUGAUAAUUGUCCAUGUAAGUCAUGUGGAAGGAAGGAGAAACAGCUAAUGCACAAACAGCCAGGACCAGAUUGAUAAUGCAGCAGCAUAUAAUUAAGGAGCUGGACUCAAGGUGAAAAUCCCCGACAGAGCAUAUCAAGGUACAGUAUAUGUCCACCUGUGUCAGUGGAUAUAUAAACAAGAUGUAUGCUAUUUAAGUUCUAAUGGAACUAAGUCUUUAAAUCUCUGAUCUAUGAAGGCUUUUAAGAGUUAAACAACUGGAAACCAUGUGACCAACUGCUUGGUGCAGUUAUGCGUUUCAAUGAUGGACAGCCUGGUCAGCAUUUUUGUUCUCCAUAGUGGGUUUUUUGAAAUACAAAAAAUUUCUACUUUCAUGUUUCAUAAAAUUUUCUCUAAAUGAUUGUUUCUUGUUAUUAGAAAUGGCCACUCAUUUCUCUGUUGUCAUGCAUUGUUUUUUCUCAGUCCAAACUGUUCUUACAGUACUAGGCCAAUGUGCAGUCACUACAGUGUCAGACACCUGCAUGUUUUAUGUUGGAAACAUUAGCCAAUGUAUGAGUUUGAAUAAAUGCCAAAUAUAGAGUGCCAUGCUUUGUACACCUAAGAGUUUUAACACCAUUCUGAGAAAAAUAAAUGAUCCUUAACUAUAUAGAGAACACUGGAAAUAUUUUGAGUGGGACCUUUCUCAGUGUUGAAUCAUUCUUCUUUUUUAAACUUUACUGCACUGUUUAAAAAUAACUCCUAAUAGUGUUUUUAAAAAAAAAAACUUUUUAAAAACUGGUUUAAUUUUAUUUUAAAUUAUGCUUUUUGGAUCAGACAAAACACCUUUGUGAAUCUCUUAUUUUGUGAAACACGAGUUAAAUUUUUGCUUUGCACUGUAAAAGAGAGGACAAGACCUUCUUCACCUGCAUCUGUAAAUGACUUCUCUUUUGUAUUGGUGUCCGAUUCUUGUUGUGGCCUUGUCCCCUGAGGGCAAGUUUGCGAUUGUUGAUCUGUCUGGUAAUUAAUACUCAUAUCUGAACAAAAGCGAUGUGCAGAACUGUCUUAUUCGGGGAGGAAAAGGUCUGUCGUAUCACUGGCAAAAUCCCAGCUUUGUGGUUAAAUAAGGGAGGAAAGUGAGGGUAACAUUGCAAUUGUAUAGAGGAUGCAUAAGAAGACAUAACAAAAAGUGGAUAAACUUUGGCCUUUGGUCUUGCUAUAUUAAAUAUUAGAUAAACUUUGUCUGCCGGGUAUACUAAAUUAACAAGCAAGGUUAGUUUUGGAAACCUCAUGUUUAACACUGUUCAAUUUGCAACAUAAAGAGGCUGCAAUGUUGUCAUUUUACAUACAACUCCGCACCAACACUUUGAAUUGUGACAUUUUCAUGUUUUCAGGACUUAUCCAUAUAUGAAUGUUCAUGAAAUUGGGGAAAGAAAUUACUCAGUCCUAGAAUAUAAAGCACAACGCUACUGGGACGACUGCAGUUGUCUAACCAAAGAAAGAAGUAGGCUACAGCUUUUGCCAAUAAUUAAUCUGUUGGCUGUGAUCCAUCAUAUUUUGAGGCGAUUGCAGUCAGGUUUUCAAAAAAAUACUUUAAUGACUGUCCAAAUGUUCUUUUUUAGUCUAAAAGUGCUUUCGAGUAAUUUUUCCCCCCAAUCGAUGAAUGAGUGUUUAUGUUUUGGUACUGUCUUUGCCUUUUAAAUCGAAACAUGUACUGUGAUUUACGAAAAACUCCAGAUUUUCAGAAAAUAAAAUUUUUGGAAAACAAAAA